AUGGCGGGCCCCCAACCGCAAAGCCCCGGCGAUGCUGCCAAGAUAAGGAUUGCAGAUGACGCCCACCCGGCACACACAGACGGCGCCGGCGUGCCCAUCACCAGGGUCGACACGGGCUUCGUCGGCGGUGUGUACAAUUCCCGCACCAUUCAGCGACGGCUGAGCCUGCCUCGCCAUGUUGCCUUUGAAUUGAGGCCUGGAUCUGCGGUUGUCACGCCCGGUGUCGACAACGAGGACGGAGAAGGCUGGCUCGAGGAUGGAGCAAAGAAGAAGCAGGUGUUUAGCGGCAGGACGUUGCUUUGGCUCGCUUACCAGUCCGUCGGUGUCAUCUAUGGCGACAUUGGUACCAGCCCACUGUACAUGUUUUCGUCAACAUUCUCAACCGCACCUGAUCCCAACAGUGUUGUCCAGGUGCUGUCAGUUGUCAUAUGGGCCAUCACUCUUAUCGUGACGGUCAAAUACGUUCUCAUCAUCCUUCUUGCCGACAAUGAGGGCGAGGGUGGAACUUUCAGCACCUACUCGCUGCUUACUCGCUAU